UAUCUGUUAAAAUAAACGUUGUACGAUCUAUCCCCUAUCUAAACUAGUCCAAAACCCCCCGCCAAUCUGUUAACCCCAAUCCCUUCCAGCUGCGCACUGGAUGAGCCAUGGCGAACGUCUUCACCAUGAGAUCCGCAAUCCAGCACCCUUUGCUCUCCUCGUCGGCCAACUUCAGGCCUUCUCACCCGACUCUGUCUAUAAGGUCGCAGCCGGCCCGACCUCGCCGCAGGAAUGCCGCGGCCAUCAGAAAUGCCCUAGUCAUUGAGCAGGAGGUCGAUGCAAAAGUCUCCCUUGUGAGAAUCGGCACCAGGGGGAGUCCAUUAGCGCUUGCCCAAGCUUUUGAGACUCGAGACAAACUUAUGGCAACACACUCGGAGCUAGCUGAAGAGGGAGCUAUAGAAAUAAUAAUAAUUAAAACCACAGGUGAUAAAAUCCUUGAUCAACCACUAGCUGACAUAGGUGGUAAAGGUUUAUUCACAAAAGAGAUAGACGAGGCCCUUUUGGAGGGUAAGAUUGACAUAGCUGUACAUUCGAUGAAGGACGUUCCAACUUAUCUUCCUGAUGGGAUGAUAUUACCAUGCAACCUUCCUCGAGAAGAUGUAAGAGAUGCGUUUAUAUCUCUGACUGCAAAAUCACUUGCGGACCUUCAACCUGGAAGUGUUGUUGGAAGUGCUUCUCUAAGGAGACAAUCUCAAAUUCUCUACAGAUAUCCAAACCUCAAAGUUGUUAAUUUCCGUGGCAAUGUUCAAACAAGGUUGAGGAAACUUGAUGAAGGGGAGGUUCAAGCAACAUUAUUGGCAUUGGCAGGUCUCAAACGGUUAAAUAUGACCGAGAAUGUCACAGAAAUAUUAUCUAUAGAAGAAAUGCUCCCAGCAAUCGCUCAAGGCGCUAUUGGGAUAGCUUGUAGAAGCAAUGAUGAUACGAUGGUUAAUUACUUAGCUCACUUAAAUCAUGAAGAAACAAGACUAGCCGUUGCUUGUGAAAGGGCAUUUCUGGAGACUUUAGAUGGCUCCUGUCGAACUCCAAUUGCAGGCUAUGCGCAUAGAGAUGAAGAUGGAAACUGUCUUUUUAGAGGUUUGGUGGCUUCUCCUGAUGGAACUCGAGUUCUGGAGACUUCAAGGAAAGGGCUUUAUGCUCUUGAUGACAUGGUUGCCAUGGGUGAAGAUGCUGGAAAGGAAUUGAUCUCCAAGGCUGGGUCAGGCUUCUUUGAUUGGUAAUGGCUUUUCAGAGCUGAAUUGGCAGUUCUUCGGCUUUGCUUUCAAAAAUAUCCAUUCAAGGAUAUUUUUUAUUAGGCUCUAAGGAGUUGAGAUUUAUUGUUGUAACUGUUCUAUUGUGUUUCUAAUGUUUUUAGCUUUUUUUUUUUUUUAUAAAUUUUGUUUCAAGCCCAGAUCCUAACUAUGUAUGAUUCUGUGAAAAUAUGUUGCAUCUUGUUUGAAGCUUUAACUGUAUCGGCGGUUCUGUGCUAAAUAACUUCAGUUGAGAUUUA